AUGUUCAACAACAACAACAAGGAUAUCACAACCCAGAACAGAGCAUUUGACAAUUCCGCGGAUCAAUGGAGGUUAAGAUUUGCAAAAACCUUAAAUCCUGUCAGACCAUCCACACCAAGUAGCAACUUAAAUAGUAACUUCCGCAUGUUUUCAUCAGCUGCUGCAUCAUUGCACGGCAGAUUAAACAUUGCUGAUGAUUCAAAGAAAGCUUUUUUAUUGAAUGGUUCUGCAGGGAAGAGAUUCUUCAGCAGUUCUUCUGCUAAAGGGGCUAAAAACAAUGUCGAUUGGGAACAAAUUCAGAAAGUGCUUUUGGAUUCUUCUGCUCCUAUCUUGGGUUGGCUUAGAAGGCACAAAUUGUUAAGCUUUUGUAUUUUUGCUACAUUUAGUUUCGGAAGUUUGCAAUGGAUACCAGUAUCAGAGAGAAUGCAUAUGUCUUUAUCCACUGAUAAAGUAGAAAAUGUGCUUGGUGGUAUAAUUUGGGAGGAGGAAGCAAUGAAAAAUCGGGCCCGAUUCAUGGGUCCAGAUAGCCCAGAAAGCAUUCGGGUUGUUCGGGUUCUGAGAGACAUUUUACAGGCAACUAAUCAAACAUUGGGGCUGAAAAAUGAUUUUUCAGGGUUUCAGUCUAUGUACCAAGGAAAGAAUUGCAGGGGAAGAAUUCCGGUCGCCGCCGAUUGUCAUUUAUUCAACGCUGGAUCUUCAAAAUGGAAGCGAUGA